AUGGAAAAUCUUUACUCCUUGUUGCUUGUUGGUUUGAAUGUCACCAAGUACUACAAUUCGGCACUUGACCUAUCGGUAGAAACUGCAAAUAGAAGAGCCAAAAUUUUGAACGAAACGACUUUUUACUUGAGGGCCCAACAAGACCUUUGGGGAAUGGGGCAGAACCCGGUCCACGGUUGGACUGGCGAACCCAAUAGCGUAACGGUCGUCGGUCGACCUUCUAAAAGAAGAAGAACAAGAGUUCAGAGUCUCGAUGAGAGAAUCUACGUCAAGCUUCGAUCUGAUCGUGAACUCCGUGGAAAGCUCCUCGCGUACUACCAGCAUUUAAAUAUGAUACUAGGAGAUGUUGAAGAAAUUGUGACCACAGUGGAGAUUGAUGAUGAGACCUAUGAGGAGAUAGUUAGAGCAAACAAGCGGACAAUCCCUUUUCUUUUUGUACGGGGAGAUGGGGUGAUACUGGUUUCUCCACCUCUGCGGACAGCUUAAUGGAGACAACAGUGUUCAUUUGGCUGGAUGAUAUCAUGUUUGAAUCGAAUGUAAGGCUCUUCCCAUUAGUUGGUUUUGAAUGAUCCGAGUAACACAACUCGAGUACUGAAUUUCAGCUUAGUGUGUUUCUGAAAGGGUGAAAGUCUAUACCAUUGUUGCAUACAUUUUUAGCAUUUUAGCUUUAGAAGGUAUCCUUUCUUUUUCUCUGUAGCAGCGA